AUGGAUCUGAAAUCGAUGCUUAACGACUCAUCGACCCAGCGACAGCCGCCUCCUCGACUGCAUACAUCCCACUCUUUUGAACGGACACCAGCUUCUACGCCCUCCUACGACGCCUUUGCCGACCGCUCGCAGUCGCAUCCGCAGCCUCUCGCUGCCUCUGACUACGGCUCGCCUCCCAAUGGGUCGUAUUUUGCCGCGCAGUCACCGCGCCCGCAGAAUUCUCCACCAGGCGUCACUCCAGGCGUCACCGGGCAAUUGAACUAUGCGCAGAGUCCUGGGCCUCAUGGGCAGAUCCAGACGCCUCGUGAAGGACUACAGCCCUCACUCCCAUUCCAAUCGCCGUUUGUGCCUUCACCGUCGGGCCCUCAGCCUCCCACGCCAGGUUCAGCACAUCAUUAUCAAACACCAUCUUCAGCUACAUCUAAUCAACCACCUUACGGGGCGCAGCCUCCCUUCACCGCCCAGUCCCCGAGAGAAGACCUGACAUCGUCGAAUGGAAGUGCAAGUGCUCACGCCGGAUCUCGCACUCUCUCCCCCCAGGCUCAGUUUCACCCUCCACCAGCGCCAGCGACACCCUUGGGCCCUCCCAGCUCGUAUCCUCGUCCUUCGCCGUAUCAGCACCGACCCCUGUCUCAAGGUAAAGAGAGCUUGAGGAGGCUGUCUGUGAGCUCGGUGGGCUCGGCGCACAGCGGUCAACACGUUCAGCUACCAUACGGGCAAUCGGACCAUUCUCGAAGCGGAAGUGUACAAAGAACCUAUUCUGGGGACAUAAGAGAUCGGGAGCGGAGCGUUGAAAGUGUCAGUCCAAAGACCAUUCCGAGACCCCCUCCGCAACAACAAACGAGUCUGUCACAGCCUGAAGAGAUCACUCCUGACCCUUAUCCCACGGUACGGUCUGUGUCUGAACACGGCGCAAGUGUACAUCCACACGAAACAACGGAUCGGUUGGCGGAGGAUCAUCAUUUCGAAGCGACUCCGAAAUCAACCUCUACCCCGGCCGAGACGAGAGCCACGUCGAUACAACGCAUUUCUCGUCCCAGCCCGGGAAUGGCAGUGAUGGAGAAUACGACACCGCAAUCCGCAACCUCUCCCUUCUCUGUCCAGCCAAGCCCUCCAUCAACUGUCCCGACAUUGCUAAAGCGGAGCGCGAGUCAUAUUUCUAGUGCCAAUGCUACGCCCCAACCACCAAGGAAACGCUUGCGGCGGGACGAAGUGCCUAUUUUCGCACGUAGCGCUCGAAGCCGGCCUUUGAGGUUUAUCAAAGCGCCUCCAGUCAUUGCACAAGUCCAGGCUCAAACUUCCAUCAAGAGAGAACCCGUUGACCACCAGACUCCGAAUGGCCAGUUUCAAGCUCAAACUGGUGUACCCGCAACUCCAGCUCAGGAAGAACCACCUUGGGAACCUUCCAUCACGAAUGUCGUUCCGUACGAGGACCUCUCACGCAAAGUCUGCGACUGGAUAUAUCAGAUGAUUGGAAUGGCGAAUCCGCCAGGGGGCGGAGCCAUGUUUGAGAUUGAGGCGAAAGUAGGCUCAAUAGUUGAUGAAUCAACUGGUCAUCGUUUGAGUUUACCAGUGGAGACGGAAACCCUUUUCAGUCGCGACAAAUUUCGGGGAAGGACCAGCUUUCAUAGUUCGAUGGACAUGGCCCAACACCGUUUGUUGAACACUUUUCUCAAUAACCUCGUACAAGAGUCGAUGCGCGAAUCGCAGACCUCGGAUCGUCAGGUCAUCGGCUACGACCAUCCUCACGAAUAUGACGAAUUCUACGAAUUGACAGAAGAGGGAAGACGUAAUCUGCCUCCAAGCAUAGUAACGUGGCUCAAUCCGCGACACAAGCCUCGCGUGCGGAGAACAAUCGACGAAACUACCGGCCGUGUCAAGGCACAAAUCAUCAAGUCACGGAUCGCGGAUAUCGACAUCUACAACCCCAACUCGGACUUCGACUACAGAAUCUCCAUCUCCAUCGAAAGUCCAUGGGAGGGAGAGCCGCACUGGUUGUCGGAGAUGACAGAUGGCGGGAGGGAUAGGAAGAAGGAUCGGAUGAGCUACCGGCAUAUGGCGUACCAGAUUGACUUGACUCAAGUCAGCUAUCCGAACAGACCGGAGAAGGAACACGAACUGGAAGUGGAGAUCAGCACCGAACAGAUCCGCAUCCAACUUGCAAACCUACGAGAAGGGCGACCUAGUCGGUACGAAGAUCUCGUUCGAGGGUUUCUGGACAACGUCAGGAUCCUGUGCCGCACAGGAACUGUCAACAAGGUACGAUGA